CACAAACUGGAUACAGCCUGUUCACUCACUGUGUUCCACCGUGUGCGCUGAGAAGAGGCUUGUUUUGACUGACUUCAUUCAGAAGGAUCUGGACCACACAGAUGUUUCCUAAGACUCGCUUGGGGAAGCGUUCUCCACUGGGAAUGCUGCUGAGCUCCACCUGCCCCCUUACUGUCCGCCCCGACCAUGACAGUCAUAGCGACCAGGUCAAAGGUCAGCUGGGGUUCAUGCAGGUGUGUCUGUCUGGAACAGAACUUUCAGAGAGUGAGAUGUCCAGUUACAUCAGACCUGUGUCCUCAUCGAUUGAUGUGCCCAAAAGGUGUCAGGAGGUGGACAUGGAUGAGCUGAUGGCAGCCAUGGUCCUGAGCAGUUUGUCCUGUAGUCCACUGCUCCACAGCCCCGCCCAGCCAGAGCCCUCAGCUGCCGGUGCUGAGUGUGGAGGUGAGCUGUCCGACUGCAGCAGUGGCUACUGGAGCGUGGGCCAUAGCAGAGGAAGUCCUGCAGCCUCUCCACCAAUUACAGAGCCCGACACCGACCAGACCACGCCCCCUGACGAGGGCCUGAGCAUGGAGCUGGAGCUGUUUGAGGAGCCGGCCCCGAGGAGACGCAGGAACUCAGAGCAUGCGGCCUUCAAGUGUCUGUGGCCCGGCUGUGAGAAGAUCCUGACAUCCAUCGUGGGCAUCAAGAGACAUGUGCGCACCAUGCACUUAAGCAGUUGUGCUGGUGAAUAUGAACGCUGUUCUCGCAGCGAGGAGGAUUUUUACUACACUGAAAUCAGCCAGUACCAGGCCCCGCCCCCUCAGUGCAAACCUGCAUCACCCCCACACACACCCUCCUCCCCUCUCUGCAGCUCCCCUCCCCCGCCCUCACCUAGCCUCAGUAGCUCCGCCCCCUCUUCCUCCUCUGGCUGUUUUUGGCAGGUGCAGGCAGAGCACUCAUACCAGGCUCCAGCCCCUGUGCUCAUUGCUGCAGCUCCCACCCCAGCUCCUAGUCCAGCCUGUCAUUGGACUGCUCCUAGCAGCACUCACAACAAACAGCCUCUGCAUUACAGAGUGCGCUCAGUCAGUGUUGGUGAGCAGUGGCUGCAGCAGAGCACCCCCUGCAGGAAGGUUCGUGGCGAAGCCAAGAAAUGCCGUAAGAUUUAUGGCAUUGAGCACAGAGAGCAGUGGUGCACCGCGUGUCGCUGGAAGAAGGCCUGCCAACGCUUUCUGGACUAGAUGGUCCUAAGACAGACUGUGGCUUACAGAACAGCUCCGUCUGGUGGACAAGAGCGGGAAUGUACUGUAUAUAUUUUUCUCUGUAUAUUUUUCAUAAUGGACCUAUUUGAUGGACAUUUUUGUAUUAUUUUGAGAAGUCCUUUUUGUAUGACAUUGUAAAACACUUCCUGGACUGGUUCAAUUAUUGCAGGGCUGUGUAGAGGCUGCUUUGCUCAGGGUCAGAGCAGUGGCAUACUCCUUUUUUAUUUUACUUUAUAAGCAGCUAUAUAGGUUGGGUUCAUGAUCUAGAAUUUAAUGUCAUAAUUUCAGUUUUUCUUAUAUCCAAACAUAUGAUCCACUAAUAUUGAACCUUAUCAUUAUUUGUUAGGGAUUGGAACUUGCCAUGUAAAUCUUGGGAACUGAAUAAUGGCACUACAUUCUGAAGCUGAAAAAUUAAUAAUUUGACUUUUGUUUAUUUAUACUGAAGAACACACUGAGCUUUGUGUCAGCUUUUACUUAAAGUAGAUAAGCAGAGAUGUACAGAGAUAUUAACCAGUUUAACAACCAGUUUAACAAAAAAUCUGCAAUCUGACACAUAAACUGCCAAUUCUACCAUAGAAAUCUGACCUGUCCUCUAGAAUACUGUGAUGAUACUAACAUUUCAAACUAAAUUUUGAUACUUAUGAAUAGACUUGAUAAUCAGUACCAGUUCUGAUACCAGGGGGGGAAAAAAAAGAAAAAAAAAAAAGAUAAUUUUCAACACUGAAUAAUAGUACUUUCUUUUAUAUUUCCAUGUGGCCUUAUAUCUGUGUAAUCCCUCAGUCAUCCAAGUAGGUUCCAUAGUGGUCCAUUGGCGUAUACUAGUGUAUGUGGUCCUAUACUUGUUCUGAUACAGCUCAAGAUCAUUCUAAAGCUAUUCAGGAUAGGUUCAUUUCUGUCCUGUGAAUGUGACUUUUUUUAGUAUUGAUAGCUCCUCAAAAGAGUACCUAGUUUUGAUACUAGUUUUAGUAUCAGAUUUUCAUCAACCCUAUUCUAUAUUGUUGUUAUGUCACAUGAUGCAACUGAUUCAAAGUAAGGCAGCAAUAAUUUUCAUUCUUGAGUAUUACUUCUUUACAUACAAACGUCCACAUGUGAGGGAUUUGAUGACAGCAGCACAAUAUAUUGCAAAGUUAUGGCCAUAUCAGCUAAAAUGCACUAUCAAUAUUACAGAUCAUUGUAUUCAAUGUGUAUGCAUAGUUAUUGAAUAUUUCAUUUACUCUCAUAUGGUGCAGCCCUUAUUCUAAACUGAAUUCCUUCCAUUUUUUACAUGUGUGGCAGCUAUUAAUGUUAUGUAUAUAUACAGAAACAUCAGUUCUAAACCAGUGGCUUUUUACACCAAGUAUCACCAAAAGGACAAACAUGGCUGUCUUAGACCUGCUAAAGAUCUGGUGGUACUUAAAUUGUAUUACAUCAUUGCUCCACACAUUACUUCUAAACAAGAACAAAAUGCGGAUAAUAUUAACUCUAAAUUAUGCAAAUAUUAGAAAUGUAGAGGAUCUCAAAUGGAGGACGGGGAUCUACUUUACUCUUCACAUUAAAAAUAACAUUUCUGCCUGUCCUCCAUCUCAGUUUUAAGUGUAUGUAAGAUUUUGAUGUUCAACUACAUAAACUUGAUCUAUCUAAACCAUUUACCAAAACAAGACACAUUUUGGAAAACGACUGGUGCUCACAUUGUCUAAAUCCUUUUUUAGACAUUGCAUAUAUACAUUAUAUUCUCUGAUAUGCAU